CAGAAAUUCUCAGGUCUUUCGCAUAUGGUACUUUAUGCGGCAUGUACAAUUACAUGCCUUGAUAAAGAUCAAAACGGCUCAUAAUUUCCACACAUGGCAAUCAAGUAUCAAUGAUAAAUACCCGUUUAUUAAUUGUCAUUCGCCUCAUCUCUUUACUGAAUUUGACAAUUUAUUGCAUGUUAUCACAUUACUACAUAUUCAUCUCAACUAUAGCCUUUCACGAGUCAAACUCCCCCAAAAGGACACCAGCUCACAGACAUUUUUUAUGUACGGAUUCGAGCCCACCCAAUUGGCCCACGGCCCGUGUCAUGUCACGGGUUUUCAUCCCCAAAUUUAUGGUGGCUCUCUACGAUUGGCCUUUGCCUGCUUAGGAAAACUUGAGAUUCAGAUGCAGCGAGAGCCUCACCAACCUCACUAUCAAGUUUGACAAACGACCGGUGCAGCGAGUCAUGUAACAUUAUUAUUUUCCCUUCUAAUAUUGUAAUUAUAUUAGUCGUUUGAAGUAACCGACAUUCAUUCUCUUCUUCUCCUCACCGGCCUCCUUCAUAUCCAUCCUCAUACACAUCCAUCAUGGCCAACGAUAGAAAUCAAGAGCCUCAAAUGGUGUCUGUACGCCAACGGCAGUCAUCUCGUGGUUUGUUUUCUCCCGAGGUUGUUGACCUCGUGGUACCUCCAUUGAAAUUCGGUGGUUACGCCGGGACUGCAGGUAUUUUGGCAGGUGUCGGAGGCUCAAUCUUCCAAGAGGCAAAUCCCAUAGUCUGGGGAGCAUUCUCUGGAUUUCAAUGGUUUACAUUGGGAACAAGCUUCUGGUUCACCAGGAGUAUUGUUGUAAAAGCAUGGGGCGGUGAAGAAAGGCUCAAAAAUGGCGACAAGACAAUUGCCAGCGCAAUAGCUGGCACAGCAGCUGGUUCGGUGGGUGGCUUGAUCCGAGGGCCAAAAAACAUUCUUCCCGCGAUGCUUGUCUUCACAACAGUGGGAGCUGGUGGCCAAAUGAUCGCAAACCGAAUGGCAACUCGAAAGCCGAAGGUUCACGAUGAGAACGAAUCAUUCUGGACCCGAUGGUCUCCCCUUAAGAAGCUUACGGAUCAGGAGUAUAGGGAUAUGAUGUCAGAAAAGAUGCUGAGGAUAGACGCUGAUAUUGCACUUAUUGAUGAUCGCAUCGCUGAAUUAAAAAAGCAGGCCGAAGAUGAAGAACUGAAAGGCUCGUCAACAUAAUAAUACUCAUGUUUAAGUUGAUUCAAUUCUCUCUGAUUUUGUCAUGACCUGUUGAAUUCCAUGCUCUGCUCGCUGGCCUGAAAAGACUAUUGGCUAUCA